UUUCACAUAGCAAAACAAAAUAAUAAUGAAUACUGUACCUGGUGUGUCUCAGUGCGAUAGAUGUUGUUACCUAACGACAACACCUCAAUUCAAGCCCGCUUUCGACAACAACAUAAGUCGUAAAAUUGAAAGAAAAGUUUCUGGAGCCUUUUAUUGGUAAAAGGUUCAGAAUGAUUAAUCAAUGAAUUUAUUGAAGCAUGUUUUUCCAGAAAAUAAUUACGAAGCUUAUGAAGGACUACUAUCACCAGUUGUUCUUUUUCGUUUGACGAAGCAAGAAGAAAUUAUCAUUGGCUCAUCUUGUGAAAUUAAAUACGAUGAUUCUCUUAUUUUUGGAAGCAUAUUCAUCAGUACAUCUUUCCUUUGCUUUCAUAGUUUGGAUUAUAAGACUCGAUUUACCUUUCCACUGUCUACUAUCAGACAGGUAGAACGAACGGUAUCAGAGACCGAUGUAUUUGUAUUUGAUUUAAUAACCCUCCAAAACCAGAUUUUACAUCUUACUAUAAAAGGUACACGUCAACAAUCAGAACUUUUUUGUGACCGAUUACUACGACAGUUACGAUUAACUUCACAUGAGGCUGGCGAUGUAAAAAAUUUUCUACAUACUUUAUCAUCCGAAAAGGUUCUUCAUACUGGAAUACUCAAGAACAAUAAUGACAACCAAGCAAAUUUUUCAACGGGAUUAGGAGCACUCUUUGGAUUUCCGUCGAAAUUAAUAAAACCGAAUUCCAAUUCAGAUGUACAUCAAAAGGAGCAACUAGACCGAUGGAGAAAGUAUUUCCUUAAAAGUGGAGCUAAUUUUAAUUUUAUGCAAACCCCUUCUUUGUUUACACUACUGCAAAAUGGUAUUCCAGAUAAUUUGAGAGCGGACGUAUGGGAAACAUGUUCUGGAAGCCUGUAUUGGCGUUGGAAAUCAAAAGAUUAUUAUAACAAUAACGUUCAUAAAGUACUUACAGAAGCUUGCGAGUAUGGAGAAGAAAUAGAAAGAGACUUGUCAAGAAGCUUACCGUCCUAUCCAGCUUAUCAAUCGAAGAUAGGUAUAGAUGCUUUAAGAAGGGUUUUGAGGUUUUAUUCUGGAGAAAAUGCUGAUAUGGGCUACUGCCAGGCAAUAAAUAUCGUUGUUGCAGCAUUAUUAAUCUAUUGUACCGAAGAACAGGCUUAUUUCUUGUUCUCUCAGAUAUCUCAACUUUAUGUCCCUGGAUAUUAUGGUAAAUUGAUUCACGGUCUUCUACUAGAUCUUACCGUCUUUGAGUACGUCUUACAACAGACACUUCCACAUCUUUAUCAAAAGUUAUCUGAAAUGAAGAUGGAUUUGAGACUUAUAACAAUUAAUUGGUUCUUCUCACUUUUUAUUAAGGAUUUUCGAUUGGACUACGCUAUGCAAAUCUUCGAUUGGUUCAUAGUAAACGGGCCCAAUGUUUUAUUUCAAAUAGCUCUCGCUUUGUUUAAAAUAAAUGCUCAAGGAAUUUUGAAUGCCGUUGACGAUGCUUCUGUCGUUAAAGUUUUUCAAGAUUGCUUUGCUAAAAUCAACUCCGAAUUUUUAGUGACAUAUAGUGAAGAUACUACAACCCAACCCCUUUCAUCAACGUUUUUACAACUCCAGGCGAUUGCCUUCGAAUACUUUGAUUUCAUUACGAACGGUUAUAUAGUAGCGAAAAGAACAGAGUAUAGAGAAACGGUUCUCACUUCUUUAAAGCUCUUCACCAAGCGUUCACACCUUCGCGGUCUGUAUCAACAUACAAAGUUGUCAAAUAUCAGUUUAGAAAAUUUGUACGAUGCUUUUAUUGAUGGCAUCGGUGAAGAGCAUCUGUGCCAUAGCCGGAUAAUGGAGCAAAAAAUUGAUUAUUAUGGCUUUGAGAAACUUAUAAAAAAGUCAAUCCCACGACAGAUCUUUUUUGAGAAGGCCGCUCAUUAUCAGAAAAGUGAAAGAAAGCUAUUUAAGAGGUUAUACACUUGGCUGAACAGAACGGAUCUUAACGUUCCCUUGACAUUCGAAAAACUAAUUGUUGGCAUUGAAACCAUGAAUAUGCUAGCCGAAGAAACUCCAGAAAUAUUCAUUUUUCAGUUGUUUGACGAAAAGGAAGAAAAGAAAUUACAAACCGAUCAAAUCGUUGAACUAUCAGAAUCAUUAAUUCUUAUAUGCUGUUAUGAAGGGAACCACGAGGAUGAUGAAAGAUUAACUGUAAUAAGCGAUUUUCUGGCCUGUUGUUUCAAUAAACGUAAACAAAACCAAAAAGAUUUUCAAAUAUCUCUUGAACAAUUCCAGUCUAUUGCUACAAACACUUCGUUGUCGCCAAUACUCGGGUUUUUUAUAAAGAAAUUAGUCAAAGGAAUGCUCACUAAACGAAACAGUAUACAAUAACUACAUUCAUUGGUAAAAGUGCCAGUUAUAAUAGAACUGAUUUUACUGCACUUCGUCUUAUUGUUAUGUUACGACGCAUUUAGAACUCUACUCUUUUA